AGGCGGUAUCGGGGCGGGGUCAGGGUCAGGGUCGGAACCAUGGUCGGGGGUUGCCGAUGCCGGGAGGGACGCUUUUGGCUAAGGCACAACGCGGAAGCCCCUUGGCCCAGAGCAGCUGAGGCCGGCUUCUCCUUACCGCUGCCGUCUCCGGGCCCGGACGUCUGGCGCUACCAUGUCCUCCGACUUCGAGGGCUACGAGCAGGACUUCGCGGUGCUGACAGCGGAGAUCACGGGCAGGAUCGGGAAGGUGCCCAAGCUGCUGGGCGAUGAGAAGAAGCAGAUGGUUGCAAAUGUGGAGAAACAGCUAGAAGAAGCAAGAGAGCUGCUUGAACAGAUGGAACUUGAAGUUCGAGAAAUCCCCGCCCAAAGCCGAGGAAUGUAUAGCAGCAGAAUGAGGAGCUACAAACAAGAAAUAGGAAAACUUGAAGCUGAUUUUAAAAGGUCACGGAUUGCCUACAGUGACGAGGUGCGGAAUGAGCUCCUAGGGGAUGAUGGGAAUUCCUCAGAGAACCAGAGGGCACAUCUGCUCGAUAACACAGAGAGGCUGGAAAGGUCAUCUCGGAGACUAGAGGCUGGAUACCAAAUAGCAGUGGAAACCGAGCAGAUUGGACAGGAAAUGUUGGAAAACCUGAGCCAAGACAGAGAGAAGAUCCAGCGUUCUCGGGAAAGGCUUAGAGAAACAGAUGCAAACUUGGGAAAGAGCUCCAGGAUCCUAACCGGAAUGUUGCGAAGGAUCAUCCAAAACCGGAUUUUGAUCGUUAUCUUGGCAAUCAUCAUCUUCUUCACCAUCCUGAUGGCUAUUUAUUUUUCUGUCAAGAGACACUGAUAUCUUGGUUCUUCACUAAACAGCAACAAACUGCUUGUUCUGAGUAAUUAAGACAAAGUGGUCACAUGAAUCACUCUCUUGCACUGACAGAAUGUCCCUGUCUUUGCCGCUGUUCAACUCAGGUGCAAGUAGCGUAAAAAUAUCUUGUAUUAUUGAUUGUAUGUGGAUUCGUUUUUCCCUUGUUUUUUUCCUUAAAAUGAAUGUUUUUGGAAUCUUCGUAUAUGGCUUUUAAUAUAAAAAACAUAACUAAGGAGAAUUAAUGUGUGUCAAAUUUCACACCAGGUGAUUCAUUUGUAAGUUGCAAGAGUUUGGGGCAGGGGAAAGUGUCUCCACACUUUUCUUUUCUUGUCUUGUGUUGGGUAUAUAAAUAUCUAGCAGUAUCUGAUCUUCUGUGACAUCAAAGAAUAUGAGUAAAGCAGAAACCAAAUGAUGUAGAAAGUGAAACUGUCCCAUGUGAGCCAUUCCUGUUCAUAAGUGUCCAUAAUAAAUGUUAAGUAGUUAAUUUUAAAAAAGACAUCACCUCAUGUCAGAGGGUGUUUAAUACCUGAUGUGAACCUACUACUUUAUCUGACACAAUUUUGCACAUCAACUUUCUUUACUAGUAGAAACAUUUCCAUUUGCACCAAGUCCCAACUAUGAUAUGUGCAUUACUUGCCCAACGUUUAAUAGUGACCAUGGCACAUAGUAUUGAAUCAGCUUUGCAUUGUUCCAAUGCUAAGAUAUAUUCUGGUAAAAAAACAACCAGUAGUCUAUUUUAAAGAUGUGUAAAAAUACUUAUCUGUUAUUUUCCAGCUGCAGAGAGAACCUAGAUCAAUAUUUCAGUAACAAAUACAAUAGAAUUACAUUAAAUGCAAACAGAAUUAAGGAUUUUAAGUAUGGGUAUGAAAAUGAGUUCAUGUGCAGAAAACAUUUUUAAUGAAUUGAAUUCAAACUUAUCACUGACUUUUUAAAUAGAAAGUGUGAAAAUGUUAAUUUAUACUAACAAAUGUUGUUCACUGAUAUAUUGUAUAAAAGCUUCAUCUAAUAGGAGAUUAGUGUGUAAAUGGAAUGUGUGUUUCCAUCCUGUUGGCUUUGUCUCUUUGGCAGAGGCAUCUAGUUCCUUUUGUUUAUAAACAUGUUCAUAGCUCUAGCAAAGGUAGUUUUCUGGUAAUGCAGUAAAAGAUUUUGCAUGAUCACGUUUUAACUCAUUAUAUGUAAUCCAUUACAAAUUUUAUGAAUCUAGAGAGUUUGUGAGCCCUUGAACCUAAGCCAUAAAAUAUUUUAGGAGGAGAUUUUCAAAGGAACAAAGGGCAGUUUAGGUACCCAACCCCUUUGGAAGUUAAUGGGACUAGAGCUCCUAACUUCCUUUUGUGCCUUUGGAAACUCAGAGAUUCUGCCUUUGGACAUAUCUGUGAAGACACCGUUGAUUCCCAUGUUAUCCCUGCUCAAACAACUGAGAACAGAAUUUGGCCCGAAACAUGUUGACUGUCUUUUCUACAUAGAAACAAAUAACUUGGUUGAAACACCCUUGAUUUUACCAACAUAAAUAAGCCUGUCAAAGCACAGUAACGAUAUGAACGAUGGAAAGAUUCACUAGAGAAAUAGUACUUAUUGAAACCGGUUAGAGCAUGCAUGUAGUCAGAUAAAUCAUUUAGUGCUGUGUGAGGAGAACUUCAGCCUUUAUCUUCUAGUAAUGGUGUGAAACUAAGUUCAUGUGACGUGGGACAUGGACAGGGGGUGAAGGGGAAAACUGGCCAGCAUUAAUGGGUAUUUAUUCAAGGAGGUGGGAGGUGCAUAUUUCCAUAAAUCUUUUAUCUGAAUGACAAACUACUGUAAAUCUAAAACAAACAAGAAGCAAAUAUUAAACUCCUUCCACUUACUGGACAUUCCUGGUAUUGAUGAAGUGAGCUGUAGCCCACGAAAGCUUAUGCUCAAAUAAAUUUGUUAGUGUCUAAGGUGCCACAAGUCCUCCUGUUCUUUUUGCGGAUACAAACUAACAUGGCUGCUCCUCUGACACGUGGUAUUGUUUCAGUGAUUAUUGUGGGGGGAAUCUGUUCAAAGCUACUUAAAUGAGGCCUGCGACUGGGCUGUGCACUCCACUUAGGCACCUGCUGGUAUCACCAAAAAUGCUCAGUGGUAAUUGGAUCCCGCAGCCUCCGUAUAAAUUUGGAGUUUGGGAUCUCAUCAGUUAUCCCCAUUGGGAAAGGAACAAGGGACAAAGAAAAUACCAGACUAGCUUUACUCCGGAUUAGCGUGACUCACUGCACUUUUCAUGCCACCGUCUCAUUCAUACGGCCCCGACACCUGCUUAACGAUGUAAAUAUAAACGAAUGCUCAAGUGUCUUGGGAUCAGUAUGUUAUGGUCCUCAAAAUAUGGUCCCAUUGGUCGUUUUUACAUUUUCACCUGCUCUGGAAAUGAACAGGUUGAGCACGUUUAUUUCUGUGGACAUUUUGUGACUUGGAUUAAGAGCGUAGUUGGAACUAGUCAGCUGCACAGUGGGUUGGUGCUAUAAUACAUGAGAAGCAAAAUACCCACCGGUAGAGUAACACCUUCCCCCCACCAGGUUCAGACUUCCCCUGAACCACUUUUGUCACGUCUUUAGUGGAUCUAUGUGUGAAUCUAAGUACUUACAAAUGUAAAUCUCAGAGAGUAAAACGUUCUUAAUGUUUCAAGUCUUUGUCGAAAAUGACAAAUUAAAACACAUGCAUGCUGCUGUGAGUAAAAUUCAUACUCACUAAACAGUUCCACUAGUGGAAUCAAUAAACUAAGUCUAUGCUGAUCCAAAAUCAAAAGCAAUUUAAUUAAAGACGCUUAAGUUUUAAAGAGUUUUAAAUGCUAUACGUUUUGGGAAAAAUAUCAGAAAAUGUAGCAUGACUGACGUCAGUUCCCAUCUCUGGGAUGGAAGGCCAUUUGCUAUUCUGUUUAAGGCAGGCUGGAUUGUCUUAUUUUGGAGCCAGCUUGGUGGGGGGUUUUCUUUGCUGCUGCUUCAGAGCACUGAGCUUCAAAGGCUGAAAUUAAUGGUGAACAAAAUUGUGCGGCUCUGACCAUCCCAUGCGGGGCAAACCCAUUGAGGGUUAUCAUUAAGUAAAGAAAUAAAGGGGGAAAAAACCUGCCAGUUCCAAAAAAACCCUCAUCAGAUAAUGACCUCUGUGAUUGGGUUUUCAUUACCAAACAGCAUCCAGAGAUUGUGUGCCCCAUAGAAAAAAAAAAAAGGGAAAGAGAAAGAAAGAAAGAAAUAGCAACACUCUCUCUCUCUCUCUUUUUUUUUUUUUUUUUUGCACAUCUUUUCUUUAAACCUGUCAGAUCAUUUCAGUAUUUCAAAUCCGAGGAAAACAGCCUGCCUGCUGCUGUAUUUGAAGUUGUAAUGGUGUCAAAAAGUCACGACUGACUGACAGCCGUCAGUCCCAGAGGAGCUCAUUAAAUCAUAAAAACUUGACAAGGAAAUAAUUGAGCAUCACUGGCAACUUGGCGCCUAUUUAGACGUUUUUAUUUUCUUUCAUUAUUAGUCCCCACCAUUACGUUCAUUAACAAAUUGCAUUAAACAACUGUUAAGGGCUAAUGAUUUGUUUAUCGCUUUUUUAUUAUUAUUAUUAUUUAAACAUUAGCUGCGUCAUGUGGUACCUCAGCAGCCUCAUGCUAUCAUCUGACUGAAUAUUUUUCCACUCGGAGCUCUGGGUACUGUUGGAAUAUGAAAUAGAUUAUUCAUUACCCUCCUCUUUGCCACUGAUUUGGUUUCAUGUAGCGUCUUCCACAGAGAAAGAUGAAAACUUGUCAAAAAUAGGUUAUAUCUUAUUCUAAGGGCAACAAUAGCAGCAGGUACAGGCACACUUUAAUAUUUAAUUAAGGUUGAUGUUAACCCCUUUAAAUGACUUUAGCUGUGAGUUAUAUUCAAGUGCAGAAGAGAAAAAUAAUUGUACUUAAUUUGCAACCUGUACAGCAGGCAGUUCAUCUUGGAGUUACUAGCAAAUCUAUAGAAUAAUUUUAAAUAAUGAAAUUUCCAAUCAUAAAUAUUUAUGUCCACUUUUUUUUUGACAUAAUCACAAAUUAACCACUUUUUGUACACACCCAAAUACAAAUAAUUCUUGUCCUUUUUUUUGUUUUGAAAUGCACCAUUCAAAUUUCAAAAUCUGGACAGGACUUUCUUUGGGGGAAGGAGCUAUACAGGAAUUACCAAUAAGGAAAUUGUUGACUGUGGUCAUGACUUACAUAGUUGCGAUUCUAGCCUGUCAACAGCCUAUCAUCUGCUUGGAGAUUUUUUAUGGAAUAUGUAGUUUGAAGAAUUUGGGUUCAAGAAGCUAAAAGUUAGUGUUACUUUUUAUAGGAAAAAUAUUUAUUUUUAUUUGUGUGUGUAGUUUCAGGUUUUGAUGGUAAAUAAUCCUAUUAUGGUAGGAAGAAAAUUCAAACUUUAUAAAUAUAUGUAUAAUUUCAGGAUGGUAAAAUCUAUCACGGAAAUAGUCAAAAGCAAAAUACAUGUUAUGCUUUCUUUGGUUUAUAAUAACCCAUCUUUGUUCUCUUCUUAUUCUAUACAUUUGAAUGCACAGUGUGGUUAGAGAUACGGUAUAGUAUUUGACAGGUUUCAGAGUAACAGCCGUGUUAGUCUGUAUUCGCAAAAAGAAAAGGAGUACUUGUGGCACCUUAGAGACUAACCAAUUUGAAGUGCAUCCCUGUCCAGGUGUUGUCACAGAGAUGGUGAUAUAAGAAGUGGUGGUACAUCAUGAGAUAUCACCCAGUAAAGCCAUUCUAUUCAGUGAAGUUAGUCUGGCACUUUGCACUAACUCAGAUAAUAAUUGUCAUCUCCGUAGUCACAUGAGGCUAGGGAAACACCAGAUGAAUAUUUUACCACCAAGUCACUGGCUUUUGGUCAUCAUUACAAGCCCUAAAGAGCUGUAUCUGUUCCACCACCAAUAGGCAUCUUUGGUUCUGUUCAAAGGACUCUCCAUCUGUGUUCAUGUGAAUAUAAACUUAUGUGACAUAUGUGCAUAUGCAACACAUAUGCACAUGCUUAGACUAAAUAUAGCAGGAAACAAACAUGCACGUUGAGGGAGAACCACUUUAUCAUCCUGAAGUGAUGUAUUUUAUUUGUCACACAUAAAUAAUUAAGGCAUCUACAGGGGGAAAAAAACCAUAUACUGUGAUACAGUGAACUUGUGCACUCAGUCAUUCCCUUCAUCCAAACAACUGCCUUUGGCAUGAAUAACUGCUUGGCUGAUAGGAAGCACUGUAUUGAUCUGUUGCUCAAGAAAGUCCGCUGAUAUUUCCUCUGACUUUUCCUGGAGGUAUGGCCGUAAGAGCUCAGCAAUGUUGGGAUCCACUGCUUCUAUCUCCAUCUCUUCCCAGAUGAGUUCAAUAGGGGACAGAUCCAGAGAGAGCAGUCAACUCUCAAUCUGUGCUGCUCUCUCUCUCUGUCUCUCUCUCUCACACACACACAGCAUUACCUUUUUCUGUUUGAAAAACUGCUUAGGAAUCAAAGUCAAUGUCAUAUUGCAUGACCAAAAAAGUAUCCACAGGUGGAGGGGCAUCUCUGGAAAACUUUGUGAUAGUCCACUUUGCCCAGAGCACCUAUAAUUUUGUCUAAACCUCUGACUGUAAAGCCAUUGUGCUGAUAUGGCCUCUACUGCAAUGUAAACCGCAAAUGUGAACUCCCAUGUCAUCAACAGGAGGUUCCCCUUCACCACCCAUCCUUCUCUCCCUGUUUUCAGCUCUAUGGAGAUUUACUUAGUUUAAUUCUGAGAUCCUACGUGGGAUAGCAUGAGUUCUAGCCAGAUUUUUGUAACCUUCGCUUUCUCAUUCCAAGAGAUUCAGGUACUUACGACCCUCCAUGACUAGCUGGAUACCCACUCUACAAUACAGGGAUGCUAGGAAGGGGAAGGUUUAUAUAUUUAAAAUAAAAAGUGUCUUCAUAACAAUUUCAAAAAGCCCAGCUAAAAAUUGUACGGGGGAGAAGGGGGUUUUCACUGCUUUCUUGUAUGCAAGAUGUUCACAUGAUAAGCCCUGCUUCUGCAUGUCAAUGGUGUUCUGAGUGCCAUUGUAGCUACCUUUGCUUUGGCCCAAGUACAAGCCCUUGCUAUUUUGUUGGCUUCCGCCAUUCAGCCCCUUCACCUGUUCAAUCACCCUAUUGUCUAGUAAAAGUUACUAUGACUGCUGAAUGGAUUAAUUAAACUCUAUGACUGUCACCACAGCGAACAAUGUAAUAGCAGCACAAAUGCACUCCAGCUGUAUUUGUUGCCUGUAUUUAUUCAUUUCUAUGGAUUCUUUGUACUGAGAGAGCCUGUAGAAGCCCCAUUUGAGGGACUGAACUCUGCUGUGCUAGAUACUGUCCACGCACACACACAUCAGUAUGACACUCUAUUGCCUCGCACCUCUAAGUGACUGUAAAAUGUCACCAUUCUGAUCUGGUAGCAUAGGACACUCACAAGUAUACCUGGUUAUGUGAGGUGUUGGCAGUGGAGAAUCAGCCAUAUAUUACUGAGAUAAUUAUAGUCUCACCUAACAGCCAGGUAAAGGGUGUAUGCAACAAGUUCAGAGUGCUCCAAGAGAGAACAAAGGCUCCUUUUGAAUGUGGGUGUCUCCCACUCAAGUGCACCUUCAAUACCCAACUGGGGCACAGCAUGUGAUCAGGUGAUGUAAAUGUCGAAAAGGGUGUGCCCAUGAAACCUUUGUACCUCUCUCUGCACCUGUGCAUCUCUUCAGAGUUGAACUCCUUUAUUUUACUUAGCAAUAUUUAUAUUAGCAGUAUUUACUCUGGUGAAUGCCAUAAAAUGGGAAGGUUAAAACAAGAAAUGGUGCCAUAAGCAAGGGAAGACCUUUCACUGCAGUGGAAAAACAGAACUCUCUAUGGGGGAAGGGUAAAUCCCAUAAAAACCAGUUAGGUCCUUUUUUUUCAGAAAUAUCCUAAAAAAACCUACCUUCGGGAAGUCAGAUGGUUGGACCUGGUCAUCCACAUUUUCAGGAGUGCCUUCUGAUUUUGGGUUCAGAGUACCCGCCUUGAGAUUCCAUGGACCUGAAUUCUAAAGAUGAACACUUGUCUUGUACGCAUUACCUUAGGUUGCACUGCAGCUUCUCAGCACCUCUGAAAAUCAGGGUCUAGGUAUCUCAGGUUGGGCAGCCAAAAUUAAUGGACACUUUUGAAAAUUUGGAUUAUGAUCUACCUGACCUGUCUACGGGAUGGACUGUGUCUACUGCUAGUGCUGAGGGAGGUUCUGACAUUCUAGUUCUGAGUCUGCUACUGACAUAUUGUGUGACCAUGGGCAAGUCACAAAGCCUACUCUUUGCCUCAGUUUAUCCAUCUGUUGUUAUAGUACUCACCUACCUCACAGGGGUAUUCUGAAGCUUAAUGUGUUUGUAAAGUGCUUUGGGAUCCUUGGAUGAAACGUGCUGAGUAAGUGCAAAGUGUAUAUAUUCUACCUUAUUACACACAGGAUGGUCAUGCUUGAAAUAAAUAUCAAACAAGAAUUGGUAAAAGCCUAAUGGAUUCCGUUCUACUGAUUUUUAACAGCGUUUUUGGUAUUGACAAGAUCUGGAGACUCAAAGAUAGAUGUUCUUUCUGAGCCUGUAUGUUGUUUCCUCUGUCUUGAAGUGUUUUGAUACAUGGCUUGAAACUUGUCUGCUCUGCCUGCAGUUUCUUAGAGCCUCUCUGGAAACUCAAGAAUUAAUUGUCACAGAUAUCUCUACACCAGGCAGAAGGUUGUUUUUCCUCUGUUCUAGCAAAGGAAGCACACUAGUGUUUCUCACACACAUGGCAUCAGAACUCUACUCCUGCCCUGAAAAUACCAGGUCCCACACUUAGGGUAAAAUUCUUUCUCUAUGCAGAGAACCUCAGCACAAACCCCUUGUGCCACUUAAAUCCCGAGUGAAGAUGUCAAAAUAGGGCCUAAGUGGCACUAUAAGUAGGUAUUAUGUUAAUCCUCUGGAUUGGAUAAUAUUCCCAUUAAAGAAGAGACAUAAAAUAGAGAAUGUGACAAAUUAGCACGGGAACGGUUCAGUUGUUUGUUCCUCUUUUGAUAGAGCCAAACCUUGACGUACUUUCUCCCAUUAAGAUCAGGGGGAGUUUUGACUGGGCAAAACAGAGUAAGGAUUUUCAUGAUCUGGUCUGUAGGUAAAUUCUAAAUUUUGGACUAUCGCUUAAAUUGUCCUUCCUCUUGCCGCUGCAAUAGAGGAAACCAGAUCCGCUGAAAGUUAUUUUCAUAGAUUCCAAGACCAGAAGGGACCAUUGUGAUCAUGUAGUCUGACCUCCUGUAUAACACAGGCCAGAGAACUCCCCCAAAAUACACUGUGAAUGAUGGCGUCAACAAUUUGGAUCUUACACUGGUUGUUGCGAGUGUGAGCAUGUGUGCUUUUCUGAAAUCUUCUGUACUUAUUUUAGCUGUCCUUGCUACAUCUGCUAAGAAUAUGAAAUUCAGCUAUUGGUUAAGGUAAAAAAUAGCUAAGUGCACAAAGUCAUUUGUAUUAACAGUAUUGUUUACCUUGUACUGUUUGUCUUGUACUUGCCUUCAAUCCAGAGCUCUGUUUAUCUCCAGCUUGAUAAAUAUGAGGUGCCGUGCUCCUGCCACCAAACAUCAACUCCAGGCACCCUAAAGCUGUGCUAGGUAUAUAGGAAAACAUAACGAAAUAUUGAAGGAGUUCCUGUUUACUUGUGUUGGAGGUGAAUUAUGAAAGAGUAGAGUGAGGGUCACAUUUUAGCUACAAGGCCAUGAAGAUGACUCCAUUACCCUCAGUUUACGCAGCCUUUUAUUUGACUUUUUAAUAAUAUUUUGCAUAUUAAAAUUUGUAUAGGCAGCCAGAAGAGAGCAGUAUAUACACAAUACAUGCCCCAAUAGAGAGGGUUAGGAAUCAUUGGUUCAGUUAUUUGGGAUUGGGAACAGAAGAUAAGGUGUCCUUUCCCCUUUUUUACACUUUGUUUUAAAGGUCUCUCUAGUAAUUCCGCUGCAUUUACCCACCACAAAACAGAGUGCAUGAGCAAUACAGCUGGGUGUGAUCUGUUCUGAUAUAAAAUUCAGAAGCAUUUGCUGAGGCAGAUUGGGGAUUUUUUUGAAUGGGACUUCUGGGUUCACAUUAGCCAAUCCAACCUUUUGUUUCCCUGGUCCAAGUUAAAAAAAAAAAAAAAAAAAAAAAGUCCACUGUUUCCCCAGACAGGUUUGGAUUCCCUUUUAAAGUUUUAUCACACUGCUCCUCCAGACCAUGUGUGGGUGUGUGUGUGUAUAUAUACACAUCUAAAAUAUGGACAGAUUUUCAAAAGCCACUGCUGAUCUUAGAUUCAUCAAUUCUUGAGCUGCCUGACUACAAACACCUUCAAUAUUUUCAGAAAGUGCCUUUUGAAAAUCAUGCACCUCUAAGGUGUGUAAGUUAAUUCACCCGGAAUUUAAGGUACCUAAAUUUGUUUGUCAUGUGUGAAACCCUUGGAAAUACACACAUGCGCAAAGGCCAAAUUUACAUGCCUUUGUGUAAUUCCAUUCAAGUCAGUGAUGGUGAACAAGAGAUAUGAUUUUGGUCGAUAGUGUAUGUGUAUUCUAUACAGUAUGUGUGAGUAGUACACACGCACAUACACCCAGGAUGGCCAAGCACUUUGAUUUACACUUCAGAGUAAGUAAUUUGAACCAAUACUUCAUAUGUCACAUUCUGUAUGUAAGCUGUAUAAUGCCUAUAACUUUAAUGUCUAUUUUGUUAAUGUUACCACCUUCAAAAUUAUUUGACACAAAUGUCAAGGUUGCUGUAAAAUGGUAUAACUGUAAUUAUUUCAGUGUACAAUGGAAGUUAGAGGAAGCCUCUGGUUUGGCUUUGAAGUGCUCUACUUCUAAAAGGAUAUACUUUAAAAAAAAAAAAAGUUUUCUUUUUAAGGUUCUUUUCCUUGCCCCAGCUAAACUUUCCUCAAUUUAUUUGUUAGCUAUUAUAGCGGUUCUAUAGUUAGAUUUUAAUCAGCCCUAGUACACAGUAAUGUGAAACACUGAAAGAGCUACUAAUUAAUCGCCUUUCUCUAUGUAACAGAGAGAUAAAUAUCCAUCCCGGAGGAAUUGUAAUUUCAUGGUUUCUAAUGAUGGUUAGAUUACAUUAUCUGGAUCACUUAGGCUGCGGGUGUCAUAAGAAA